GUUAAAUAAGAAGUAUGACCCUGAGGAUAAGCAUCACAUUGUUCGUUUAUAUGAUUAUUUUGUAUUUCAACGGCAUUUGUGAUGCUUUGAACUUCUGGACACAAACCUGUAUGAGCUUAUCAAAAUGAAUCAUUUUAGGGGAUUAUCACUUGGUAUUGUUCAGCUGUUCUCUAAGCAGAUUUUAUGUGGACUGGCUCUAUUAAAAGAUGCUGCCAUUAUUCAUUGUGAUCUGAAGCCAGAAAACAUUCUUUUAUGUACGAGUAGCAAUGUGAAGCCAGCAGAAAUAAAGAUUAUUGACUUUGGAUCAGCAUGCAUGGAAAAUCGCACUGUUUACUCCUAUAUUCAGGGUCGAUACUAUAGAUCUCCUGAGGUUCUUCUUGGAUAUCAGUAUCCUAACCAAUGAAGUUAGUAGUUGAAAGCCUGAGGUUCUUUGCAGGCUUUUUUAUUUUUAUUUUUGAGUUUCUUUGUAUUGCUUUAUUUUAUUGCCUCAUCAGCUUUCUACAUUACAAGCUGCAUGCGGUUGUCUUAGUUUGCUCAGCUGCUCUUAAGAUAAAGAUUGUACUAUAGCAUGUGGAACCAUAGUUUGGCUUUAUGUUGAUGAUAUCCGGCUAAUGCAAGAAUAAUUUUGCCAAAGCUUCAUCUAAUGACAAUUAAAGCUUCGACAUUUCAUCUAAUGACAAUUAAAGCUUCUACAUUUA